ACUAACAUAUAACUAUGGCGUAUACAGUAAACACUUCCCUCAGCAACAUGUACAACGUCACUGAGAAUGCGACAAUACCGACAGGAACAGACGACACAUUUAUGACGUCACUUCUCACUACUUCCGCUCCAAAAUCAAUGUCCGUCAGUAUCAGCACAAAGGUCAGCUACGUCACCGUGCCUGUAUUCACGAUACUCGGCUUAACCGGAAACAUCCUCACAUUGAUAAUCAUGCGCACUAAGUACUUCCGACAGUCAACAACAAGCGUGUUCUUGUCAGCUCUUGCUUUGUCGGACACGACCUUUAUUCUAAUCAGCCCGUUUACUAAAACUUUUAUGAAGGAUUUAUUUAAUAGGGAUCCUAAAGCACUGACUGAAGCUGGAUGUAAGGCGUAUUUCUGCAUCUUCAGAUCCGCUAAGAUAUGUUCAUCGUGGUAUGUUGUUCUCAUAUGUUUAGAAAGAUUCAUAGUGAUUUGUUUUCCAUUUCGCGCCAAAAGAAUCUCCCGCCGGUACACGGCCGUCAUCGCCGUAUCUUGCGUGACGAUUACUAUCAUUGCCUUUGAUGGUGUUUGGACAAUUACAAGCGGAAUUGUGGAUGGAAACUGUAUACCAAGUAUAGCCACAGAGUCCACGAAGGAUCUCUCGGCUGCGUUUGUUGUCGCCGGAACGGCCAUUUUUAACAUAAUCCCUACCUGCAUCCUAUUGUUCUUCACACCGUUAAGCAUUGUACAACUUUUCCGACAGAUGUCGUUCCGACGGGAAAUGAGUACAACCGGCGCCUAUGACGACACGCUUAAAAUAACCAGAAUGUUGCUUGCCGUAACCAUAGCUUAUAUACUUCUGGUCACGCCAAUAUCCGUGGCCCAUUCAGUUGCUUUCUUCAAUGGAGACAAUAUAUUUACAUCUAAGGAUCCAGAUUUCGUCAUAUUCCGCGAGUUUGCCCAGACCUUUGAACAGCUAAAUUACUCCGUGAAUUUCUUACUGUAUGUGGUAUGUAAUGGAACUUUUCGGCAGCAGUUUUAUAAUGUCAUCUGUUGCAGACGACAUGAAACCAGAAGCGCAGUUUCAAGACAGACUAUAGUUCAUAAGGACAUAACAAACAAGUGUCCAUCUUUCCUGUCGACUGAUUCGACAAAUGUGAGUCAGUCUAGCGAGUAGGAACGUUUGUUGGGCUCAGACCAUAUGACUAACGUCUACAUUACUGUGUUUUGUAUAGACGUGUUCGAUUGUGAACUAUUCCAUCCAUUAUAGAACCAUUGAUAUCCGAUUUGAUAUGACCGUAGCAUCUAAUUUGCUGGUCCCCAUAUUUCUAAGGCGGACCAUAAUUGUUUCUUGGCCCAAAACAUAAUAAUAUCUUUUCCAGAGAAUUUAAUCUAAAUUUAUUUCUAUAUCCAUAAGUAUAUUAACUUUGUUAAAGUGUCGUUAAUAUAUUUAUCAUACACUUAUAAAUGAAAUAUUG